CUUGUUUGUCGGAUUCGGAUUUGAUUGAUUUACUAUUUCACAGGGAUGAUCUAGGCUGAUUACCUCCUGUUCUCCAUUCCAAUCUGUUAGGUUAUAGUUUCGUUGUAUCAUUAUCUUUGAAGUUACUUGAAAAAUAGGGUUGCUGAUUUCUAUUUUCAGGAUGGCUCCUGUAGACAAAUCUCCCCCUGCUAAAGCAGAGAGCAAUUUUUACCUAGUCUGCUCAUCUAAAGCAAAUGAUUUAAUUCCAGUUCAUAAAUACAAAUCGUCCCUUACCGGGUUAACAAUUGUGUUGGCCGAAGUUGAAGGGCCGGUUGUCAAUGGUUAUUUCUGUUUAGCUACUGAGGCCCAUGAUGAUGACGGUUUGCCCCAUACUCUGGAACAUUUGGUUUUUCUGGGGAGUGAACAGUACCCAUACAAAGGCGUUCUGGAUCUCUUGGCCAAUAGAUGUCUGGCUUCUGGGACUAAUGCAUGGACAGAUACAGACCACACUUGCUACACGAUGACAACAGCUGGCAGUGAGGGGUUCCUUUCACUCAUCCCCAUCUACUUGGACCAUAUUCUGUACCCCACUCUUACGGACUCAGCGUUUGUGACGGAGGUACACCAUGUGACGGGGGAGGGAGAGGAUGCUGGGGUGGUGUAUUGUGAGAUGCAAGGGAGGGAGAACACAGGAGAGUCUAGGGUGUACCUGCAGCUGCUGAGGACCAUCUACCCGGGACACUGCGGCUACAAGAGUGAGACCGGCGGCAUCAUGAGGAACCUGCGCGAGACUGUCAACAAUGACAAGGUGCGAGCGUACCACAAAGAGUUCUACCGACCAGAAAACCUUACGUUGAUUAUCACUGGACAAGUGAAGCCAGAAGACCUGUUCAAAACUCUAGAGCCUUUUGAGCAAAAAAUCGCUUCCAAGGGUACAAGAGAGCAAUUCAAGCGGCCGUGGCAGGACCCUGUGCCUCCGUUGAAAGAGUCUGCCGACAUUGAAGUCAAGUUUCCCUGUGAUGAAGAGGACAAUGGGAUGGUCUAUGUUGGCUGGCGGGGACCUUCUGCUGUCACUGAUCUAUACAAAUUGGCUGCAUGUUCAGUGUUGAUGAAGUACAUGACAGACACUUCAGUCAGCCCGCUACCCAAAGAGUUUGUGGAGAUCUCCGAUCCAUAUUGCAGCAAGGUUUCAUACUCGCUGGUAGAAAACUCUGAAUCCGUUUUGAUGCUACAAUUUGAAAACGUUCCAGUUGCUAAGAUUGGUGCGGUGAAGGAUCGGCUUAUGCAGGUGCUGGAGAAGAUAGUGAGUGGACAGGAGCCAAUAGACAUGAAGCGGUUGUCAACUGUCGUCAACCGUCACAGACUGGAGUGUUUGAGUCAUCUGGAGAACAGUCCUCACGACAGCAUUGCCUUCAUGGCCAUCGGGGACAUGUUGUACGGCAACACCAAGCAAGACCUGGACCAGAGACUGAACCAAGUGGCAGAUCUGUACAAGAUGCAGGAGGAAGACAUGACAUUCUGGACGUCCUUGAUCAAGCAGUACUUGCUGACAGGGGCCAGUGUGACUGUGAGGGGAGUGCCUAGUGUGGAUGAGCAACAGGAGAUGGCGAGGGAGGAGAAACUGAGAGUGCAAAGUCAACGGGACCUACUGGGGGUGGACGGGCUCAAGGAAAAGGAAUUGAUGUUGACUCAGGCCAUGGAACAGAAUGAGAUCCCUCCACCAGCUGGUAUGCUCAAGUCAGUCAACAUUCCCAGUAUUGAGUCAAUACAGUUCCACAGGAUACAGACCUUCACCACAGACUCCAAACAGCCUCAUCCCAUGUUUGAUACUAGUCAAGUCCCCGUAUACAUACAAGUGGAUCACAUCACCACCAACUUUGUUUAUAUAUUCGUGCUGAUGGACACAGUGGAGGUGCAGUCAGCACUGAGGCCGUACCUGCCGCUGCUGUUUGAGGCGUUGCUGGAGUGUCCGGUCCAGCGGGGAGAUCACCUGGUACCCUGGGAGGAGGUUGUGGCUCAGCUAGAGGCAGACACUGUAGCUGCUGUCACCAGACUGGGACUGGAGACCACGUCACGCUUCCAGUGUGGACCUUACUGUCAGACUGGCUCUCUCAUGCUGCAGCUGGAGCCAAGCAAGUAUGAGAGAGGGAUAGAGUGGGUGAAGGAGCUGCUGUACAACACUCACCUCAACGCUGAGAGACUCAAGAUCAUUGCUGCCAAGAUGGUCAACGAUGUGGCACAAGUCAAGAGGAAAGGCAACACCAUCGUCAGGGAACUCAUGAAAGGUCUUCUCUACACCAAAGAAAGUAACCACCACACGGCCAGUGUGCUCCGACAGCACAAGUUCCUAUCACAGUUGCUGGACAGACUCAACUCCCCCGAGGAGUGUGACCGGGUAGUGGCUGAGAUAGACCAGGUGCGCAAGAUGGUGACUCACCCAUCCAACAUGGUGGUACACCUGGCAGCCAACCUCGACACGCUGGCUGCGAGGUUCCCCAACCCUGGCUCACUGUGGGGACAGCUCCUGCCAGACACACACUCUCCACACAGACACAAACUACGAGUCACCUCUGACUGGGAGCUACUGCAGGACUCCUCAGCCUCCAAGAUACACAACUGUGUGGUUGGGAUAGGCGCAGUGGAGUCGGCAUACUACUGCCACACGGCACCGGCAAUACGGGACUUCCUAGACCCUGACCUGGCGCCCCUGCUGGUCUUCCUGCAGUAUCUCACACAGCUCGAGGGUCCAAUGUGGAGACUGAUCAGAGGCCAAGGGUUUGCCUACUCGUACAACAUGAUCCCUCGACCAAACGAAGGACUUCUCUACCUCACUUUCUACAAAGCUACCAAUGUCAUCGGUGCCUACAACAAAACUAAAGUCAUCCUUGAUGAAAAGUUGGCAGACGAUGUAACAUGGGAGGACUCGCUGUUUGAGUCGGCGAAAAGCUCGCUCAUCUUUGAGAUCAUUGAGAGAGAGAAGAGCAUCGGGGAUGUAGUGGCUCAGUCGCUGUUGUCUUACUUCAAACAUGUCGACCAUAAUUACAACAGAUGGCUGGUGAGUAUGAUCGCUAAGGUUACCAAGGAGGAUCUCAGUCGAAUGGGGCCCAAAUAUGUCAAAUUAUUGUUUGACCCUUCCAUCUCACGCACAAGCAUCGUCUGCCAUCCUUCCAAGGUUGAUGAACUAAACAACGGCUUUAAAGAACUGGGAAUCAACCUGACUUCCUACACCACGCUAGAAGAGACUUUCCUCAAUGAUUGGUAGCCGGGUUCCAUUCAACUAGUCUUUACCAACUCAUGCAGGGUCCUUCUUUUUAAUUUUAAGCAUUUAUACUGCGUUUUAAGUGUUUUCACUCAAAUUGAAGAGUGAAUAAAUUUGUUUCUAUGUUUAGAUAUUUUUUAUAUCUCAUUCUACUAAUCGUGUAUAAUUCGCCAGUAUAUUGUUUAAUAUUUUUGAUUGUUGGGGUUUUAUACAAACCUUAAAUUGGUACUUAUGUCAGAUAAAAAUGUUAUCGGACAAAUGAAUAUUUUCUUUGGUCCAUGAAUCUUCAAUGUUUGGAAGAUUUUUUUCAACAUUGUUUAUUACUUUUCUUCUUCUACUAGUUUUAGAUACCGCCAAAUCAAUUCAUUGUUUUUGAGCCUCAUAUUGUAUUGUUUUGUAUUUUUACUUUUGUCUUGUAUAUUAAUUUACUUUGAUAUCUGACCAAUAAUUAUUUCAGUUACAAUUUAUUUUAUAUAUUUAUUUUUAUUACUGCAUAUACUUAUUAUGUAAAUUACUGCAGUGAAAUAUCCAAAGGCUGCAUUCAAUGUAACAAUCACUAUAGGUCUUUUGAUGUUUUUGCAUAAACUUAAUUUUGUAUUCAUUUUUGAAAGAAUAAUUGAAAAAAUACAUUAUAUCUAAAUCAAGAUUACUUUCAAAUAAAAACGUUGUUUUGUUUAAAAUUGUUUGUAAGCACUCAUUUUUAGCGAAUUCCCCAUAUAGGGAUUAAGCUGUUACCGUAGGUCUCAUGGUUAGACCUAGCCCAGGGACUGAUUUACUUUUUUGUUUUGAGGUUCCCAGACAAAAAACACAAUCCAUUCAAUUUCAUUUAGGCCUACCUGCCAUACACAAUCGUUCAAAUCCAUAUACAAAAUACAUAAUCUGACUAUGGAAACAAGGUUUUAUGAGGAAGAUUGGUUUUCCUCAUUUUUGACCCUUAAUAAAUAUAACUUUCCAAUACAUCUCAAACAUUUUGAAAAGCUCAUAGAAUAAAACAAAAAGGUUAAGAAGUGUUUUUGUAUGUUUAAUUGUUAUAGAGAAUUUUUUUAUGAAAUCUUUUAAUGCAAAUCCAACUACCCUUAUGAAAAAGUUUAUAUAUGGCCAUAUAAAAUUUUUUUUAUCUGGUUAUAUUUGGUUUUGGACCAAAUAUAACCAGAUAUGAUCAUAUAUGGAAUCCCCCAUAUAUGGACAUUUUUAAAUAAAAAAAUGACAGUUAAACAUUAUUUCACAUUAAAUGGUAUAAACUAUGCAUUAAAACCAUAAUAAAAAUUUUUUAUUCGAAAAUUUCAAAACAAAAUUUUCAAGAAGCCGACUGGGAUUCGAACCCGGGGCUCCAACGUGGGAGUCCGUCCCUUUAGCCACUACACCACAACCGCUUCAUAUCAGAGGGUUUAACAACACCCAUUACGAAUAAGAGAAGCUGUAUUUGGUCUCGUAAAACAAUAUUUUAGACAUUUUAUGUCAUUUGAAGAAUCUAUUUGAUAGCAAAGGUACAAUUAAUUAAUUAUUAUUAUAAUAUUCUCCUUAUUUAGGCCUACUACACUUACGCAAUUUUAAAAUUAUACGUCAGUUUUAAGAUUUUGUUGUGUUAUAAUAAAAUUGUACAAUAGAUGUAUGUACAGGAUUUUGUCAUCUGGGUUCAAAUCUGGAUACUUUAUUACUUUACUACUAAUUACUUUAAAGGAGAAAUGCCUAUAUUAUCUGCCCCCCCCCCCUACUGUACCACAUUUCAACUCAAUCAGUUCAGUAGUUUGUGCUUGCGAGAAACAAGAAAAUACACAAACUCACAAACUUUAAGAUUUAUAAUAUUAUAUUUAUAAGAAGUGUUUGGGAGUCCAGUUACAAAACCCAAAUGUGGCAACAAUUCCUUAUAAUAAUUCCAGUUAUUGUCAAAAACUCAUUUACAUGAGCAUACAUGGAAAAUUAUUAUUCCAUAUAUGAGUAAUUUAAUUCCAUACCUGGGAGUCAUAUAUGGCCAUAUAUAGACCAUAAUUCCAUAUAUGGAGGAUAUUUAUGGCCAUAUAUGGGCAAUAAUUUCAUAUAUAGAAAACAUGUAUGGCCAUAUAUGGACGAUCAUUUCAUAUAUAGAAAACAUGUAUGGCCAUAUAUGACCAAUAAUUCCAUAUAUAGACUACAUAUAUGACCAUAUAUGGCCACCACCAUAUAUGGAUACAACCAUAUCUGGCCAUGUCUGCUUCCAUAUAUGGCCAUAAAAAACCAUAUAUGGCUUUAUAAAAACAUAUAUGGAAUUUUAAUAUGGCCAUAUAUGGCCAGAAAUUACUUUUUUAUAGGGGUAGGUAAAUGGAAAUUCCUUUAGUCUGCAGGUUUGCUGCGGAAUGGGUAAUUUAGUUCUAGCCCUCCGAGGGUCCCUAGUUUUGUCCUUAAUGUUUGCCUAUUUUUUGCACAUUUGCAAGGUUUUAUUAAAACGGAUCUGAGAAGCUUAAAAACAAUGUUAAUUCUACUGUUCUAUAUACCAUUUUGUUUGGAAAAUCAUGGGCUUCAAUAUUAUACAUAAAACAUAAGGAAAAUUUGUUACAAAAAAA